AUGUCCCCCUACACCAAGCCCCCUGCCGUCCCCCCACACCAAGCCCCCUGCCGUCCCCCCACACCAAACCCCCUGCUGUCCCCCCACACCAAACCCCCCUGCCGUCCCCCCACACCAAACCCCCUGCUGUCCCCCCACACCAAGCCCCCUUCCGUCCCCCCACACCAAACCCCUGCCGUCCCCCCACACCAAACCCCCUGCCGUCCCCCCACACCAAACCCCCUGCCGUCCCCCACACCAAACCCCUGCCGUCCCCCCACACCAAACCCCGCCGUCCCCCACACCAAACCCCCUGCCGUCCCCCACACCAAACCCCCUACCGUCCCCCACACCAAACCCCUGCUGUCCCCCCACACCAAACCCCUGCCGUCCCCCCACACCAAACCCCUGCCGUCCCCCACACCAAACCCCCUGCUGUCCCCCCACACCAAGCCCACUGCCGUCCCCCACACCAAACCCCUGCCGUCCCCCCACACCAAACCCCCUGCCGUCCCCCCACACCAAACCCCCUGCCGUCCCCUCACACCAAACCCCCUGCCGUCCCCCCACACCAAACCCCCUACCGUCCCCCCACACCAAGCCCCCUGCUGUCCCCCCAAAGUGGGACGGCAGGGGGCUUGGUGUGGGGGGACGGCUGGGGGCUUGGUGUAG